AUUGCUCGCGACAAGAAGCACUACUCUCCGCGCGAAACCAUUCCGGCGAACUAUGUCGCAGUUUCGGGUCGUCGAGCACACGGUCCGAGCCCAACAUAUCCGAGACCGAUUCGGCGCGACGGAACCAGGCCAGGUGAACAAGUUACGUCUGGCUGUGAAACAAUACAUCCCGAAGUCGAACGAAAAGCCAUCUCCUGGAGAUGUCACAAUCAUUGGUGCGCAUGCGAACGGGUUUCCGAAGGAAAUGUAUGAGCCGUUAUGGGAUGAUCUGGAACAGCGAAUGAGCUCUCUGGGCAGGAGGAUUCGGAGUAUAUGGAUCGCAGAUGUCGCUCACCAAGGCCAGAGUAGCGUCUUGAAUGAGAGAAUUCUUGGCAAUGAUCCUAGCUGGAAUGACCAUGCGAGGGACCUCCUAUUUUUGAUUAAUCAGUACCAAGACGAGAUGCCCCAUCCUAUCAUCGGAGUAGGACAUAGCAUGGGUGGCAUGCAUUUAGCCAACUUAGCAUUGUUGCACCCAUCGCUUCUCCAGGCUCUGGUCUUGAUUGAUCCUGUCAUUCAGACCGAGAACCCGAGCAAGGACUACGCUCCUGCCUCGAGCUACAGACGCGACAUAUGGCCCACAAAGCAAGAUGCCAUACAAAGGUUUGAAAUCAACAAGGUAUAUCAGAAAUGGGACCCACGUGUAUUGGAAAAGUAUGUGGAAUAUGGACUGCGCGAGGUACCGACCGAGAUAUACCCGGAGCCUGAUGAACUCGGCCCACGACCAGUGACAUUGACCACCCCUAAAGCCCAAGAAGUAUUUACUUUUCUGCGACCUAGUUAUGAAGGCGGAAGAGUGGAUCUUGAGCAAGAUGACUGGCAAAAUGAGAUGCACCCGGACGAUUUAGAAGAAGGCUAUCCGUUUUACCGACCAGAACCGGCACAGCUUUUCCGUCGUUUGGGCGAGAUGAAACCGAGCGUUUUGUACAUUUUCGGGGAACGUUCUGAAUUAUCGUCGCCUGCCGCUCGUCAGGCCAAGAUGGAGGUCACAGGUACUGGUGUUGGGGGAAAUGGUGGUGUUAGUCGGCAACGAGUCAAGGAGGUGACGCUGCCAACAGGACAUCUCGUCCCAAUGGAACGUGUUAUGGAUUGUGCCAACGCGAUCGCGACGUUUAGCGACGCCGAGCUGUCUAGAUGGGAUACCGAUCGCCAGAAGUACCUUCAGAGGUGGAAUGCGACACCACGUCGCGACAAGAUCACGGUCGACGAGAAAUGGAAACAGCAUAUCGGCACAUUAGCGAGGAAGCCCAAACUAUGAGAUAUUUUACGGCUUCCUUAUCGUGGUGGAGACUAUAGAGUAGAUGUGUUUAU